CGUCGGCAUGAGCCAAAGCAGCUCGGAGAAGCUGAGACAACAUGUUGCCCACUUUGUUGACGCUUACCCUCGGCGUUGUCUUGGUGGCGAAGGGAAACGACAUCGAAACCACGGCGGCACCGGACGGUCACAUCACCAUUGCGCAGGGGAAACUUCUGGCUCCCAGCGUGGUUGGAUGAGGCAUCAAGAAAAUGCCCGAGCUGCAUCAAUUCCUGAUGGAGCGCUGGGCUUUGUAUCACAACCUGGAGUAUGAUUCCUCGGAAGAAGUGGACCCUCGACUCAUUUUUUAUGAUGACGAGGGCGAGGUCGUGAAGACAGUUGGCGUGAAAGGUAUGAAGGCGGUGGAGAUCGCCGCCCUACUGGACUCCCUUGGCUUCUACAAGCGGUCGCAGAAGGGCGAAGCAGUGCCAGAGGAGUUCCAGAACUUCCCCUUGCGUGCCCUGCGUGACGAGCUGUGACGUAUCCCAGAAAGCCAAACCUCGCCACUGCGUCUCGCACACGCCAUUGAUGACGAACGGAGCCUCAAGGUGUUCCCAAAAUACAAGAACCCGGCUUCGUUCUGACGGCUCGCUUGGCCUGACGUAGUGCGCGCCCGUCUUAUUCCUCACUUGUCUGAUCCAAUUAAAAAAACAAUUAACAUGCUUGA